AUGAUACCAGCUCGUCGCCAACAAGCCCAACCUGGCCAAUGGCAGUCAAACUGGCCAAGCCCGCAGAAUAAUCCGAGCAGCCAAGAUGUUACGGAGAAAUCGGCAAGCUCAGCAGUUACGACAGGCGAAUCACAACCUGAGCCAGAAUCUUCACAAGAAUCCUCACAAGAACAGGAUCGUGACACGCUGAGUGAUAAGGGCAAGUCAGCACUUGCGCCGACGCUGACGAUAUUCAUCGUGAUCGCGCUUGUCGCAGUGGCACUUCUGUACUGGACACGCAGGAGAAAGAGAUUCGUGAAAGACGAGCAGAAGAAGCUCGAGGUGGAGACAGUCAGCUCAACAGACAAGGAUUACAAGGGUGACAUGUUUGAUAGGAUAGAGAGUCCACCGCCAAUAUAUACCAGAAGUAGCAGUUUAUCCGUACCGACGAGAAAGGACUUUAUUAACGGAAAUCGCGACAACGACGAGAACCGUGAAUUUUCUGACUACUCACUCACGGCGCCGACAGUGAGAUUUGGUGGCUCUCAAAUACCAUCUAGAAGUUCAUCUGUGACGAGUAUGCCCGCAUCAAAUAGCCGUGCCAAUUCAUACGCGGGCACAGGCAGCAAUCGAUCAAGUGUGGCUAAUCCAAAUAUGGUACUCCCACCAAAGACGUAUACGCCAUUUGAAGAAACAAUGAGAAAUUAA